AUGAGUGAUGAAAUAGGUAUGUCGAUCUCGAUGUUUUCGAAUUUUCAAAUUUUUUUUCCAGAUAUUUUCGAAGAUGCUUUGGACGACUAUGAUCAGACCAUUGUAGCGCAUCAACCUGUUCAAGAAAACGAUCAUAAUGAUGAUCAUAUUGGAGCCGAAUCAUCAAUUUAUUUGAUAGGUAAUUUAUUUUUGAAAAAUUUCAAGUAAACAAAUUUUAUUUUCAGAAGUCAACUGUAUGGAUGCGUUUGCUUUGAUUUUCACCAUAAUGUGGUCAUUAUACUCAUUUGACUGGAUUUCAUUCCGAGCAGCCGAAUUUUUCACAAUCGUUCUUGGUUCAGCUGUUUUUGGUGCUUGGUUUAAUCAAACCAUGUUCAUAUUCUUUUAUUGA